AUGAACACGACAAUACCCACACAACCUCGACGCAUGACGUCUGAUACACAUCGUAAUCAUCGUACCCGUGCCAGCUUUCAGUCGUAUCAUGGACAUCAACCAAGCUAUAAUCAUUAUCACCAUCAUCCUAAUAAUAACAAUUCGAAUUACAGAAGAGCAUCUUCACCUAUCCUUCGCCAAUAUUCACCACCUCCUACUCGUCUUUCCAUUGCAGAGAGAUUCAUGACGUUAUCGAACACGGAUGAAAAAACAGAGAAUAAUAAUGAGGAACAACGGAUACCAGCAUCAAGUAGCAGGUCGCGUAUAUCGAUUGCAGAUCAAUUUAUGACCAUACCACGUUCACCAACAGCUGAAAAGUCAAUGGCAUCCGAUGAAAAAGUACAAAAAGAUUGUUGCUGUAAUCCUUCAUCAGCAGUGGAUGACCGAUUGAUGACUCAAGCAAGCACCCCCUUGAACAUGGCUGCUGACCAUCAUCACGAGUACACUACUAGUACACAUCCUUAUCACCAUGGCAACCCCGCAUCACCGUUGCCAUCACCACCACAGCGCACAUUCCAUCAUCCUUAUCAUUCAACACCACCUACAUCGAUUUAUUCAUGUUGCAGCGAUUAUGAAGAAAAGCAUACUACUCCACCACUCGAGAAGGAGGAACAUGACAUUGAAGAAGGGGGGAAUCAAAACCUUAAAGCAUUACCAUCACCAUCACCACCAUCUCAAGAAAUCAAAGGUCUAAAACGACGACGAAGGAAACGAGUGAUAUGCGUGAUUCUUUUAUUUCUAUUCCUGAUUAUAUGUGGUUUGGGCGUGUUUAUUGCAUGGCCACGAGCACCAUUGAUUCGCAUUGAUGGCGCAAGUCUCCUAUCCGCACCGCAAGUGGCUGAAGUCCCCAACCAGGGUCGUGGGGGCAAUGUUGCUUUUGAAACCAGUUGGCUCGUGCAUGCCAGUGUCGACAAUCGCGUCAAUUACAUUCCCAUUCAAUGGACCACGGAGACUGUUGUCAAGGAUGCACUUACAGGCAUGGUGAUUGGUCGUCAACAACAAGAACAAGAACAAAAGGAUAACAUUUGGGUGCUGGCACCUCGAUCUAUCACAACGCAAACACUCCCUAUUCAUAUCGAUUACCAGGCACGUGAUAAAUCGGACGUCACCUUUAUGGACUUGCAUGAUGCGUGCUUUGAAAGACAAUCGAUGCAAAUUCAGUUUUGGGUCACUUUGCAUAUUCCCGCUCUUGAAUGGACCGGAUACAAGCCUAGCAUUGUUGCAUUACCUGCAAGAGGUGGAUUUUCAUGCCCUGUGGAUUAG